UUUAAAAUUAUUUUUACUGCCCAGUUCAAAAAAUUUGACUUUAUUCGAAAGUUAUUCAAAAAAAUUAAAUUUUUAUCAGCUGGUUUGAAGCUUUUUGAACAUCAUUUGAGGCUUAAAAUUUUCACUCAGUGAGACUGGAUUGAGGUUACUUGAGUUCGAUGAGGCUAGAUAUUGUGACCUGGUAGUUUUUCAACAUAAAUAUAAAAUUUAUUACGAAAUAUGAAUUCAUGGAAACUCAUCAUUUUUAUUGGUGUAAAUAUUAUUUGUUGUGCGGCUUAUUAUCAACAACAAGCAAACAAUAAUAUUAAUGUAAAUGGAAAUUUAAAUUAUAAAAAUUUACGUCUAAUUUAUUCAUGGAAAACGUUAGAUUUUUUAUUUCCAAAUGAUUUCACAAGAGAGCAGGCAAUUUUAAAUGGAAAUUAUAUUCCUGGUGCUCCAUUUCCGAUAGAUGUUGAUGCUUCCGAUGUUGGUCCAAUGGGACCACGAGUAUUUGUAACAAUACCCCGUUUUCAAGAAGGUGUACCAAUAACUCUUGGAUAUGUUUCAAAUCUAACAUCUAAUGGUAAUCCUCUUAUUGUUCCUUACCCCAAUUGGGAAUUAAACCAACCAGGAUACUGUAGUCAUAUCACCAGCGUAUAUCGCAUUAAAAUCGAUGAAUGCGGUAGACUAUGGGUGUUAGAUACUGGAAGACUACUUGAAGAACGAAAAUGUCCAGCCCAAUUGUUUAUUUUCGACUUAACAACCGACAGAUUAAUAUCUCGUUACCAAUUUCCUGAUAACGUUAUGAAGAGUGAAUCAUUGUUGAUAACCCCAGUUGUUGAUAUACGAGGCCAAUGUUCCAACACAUUUGUUUACAUUGCUGAUGUUUCUGAAUUCCAGUUAAUUGUUUACGAUCACAAAAAUAAACAAUCUUGGAACAUACAAAAUAAUUUGUUUUAUCCGUAUCCAGAGUACGGAAGGUUCACUAUUGCUGGGGAAAGUUUUGAUCUCAUGGAUGGUAUUUUUGGAAUGACUUUAGGCCCACUUGCUACCACCGGCGAUAGAAUUUUAUAUUUCCAUUCAUUGGCGAGUGUUGUUGAAAGUUAUGUGCCCACGUCCAUUAUUAGAAAUUCGACCUUAUUUUUAAAUGAUCCCGGUAAUGAACCAGAUUCGUUUAAACCAUUUCCCCAACGACGUUCAACACAAUCUGGCCCUGAAGCAAUGAACAAUGACGGAAUUUUAUUUUAUGGUUCAAUGUCUGAUACAGCAAUUCGUUGUUGGAAUAGUAAAAAUUACCCUGAGUUUGGUGGGUCGAAUGUCGAUAUUGCUGUAGCCAACAGUAAAACAUUACAAUUUAUUUCCGGUUUGAAGAUUGUAAAGAUGAAUAGUAGCAAAGAACAAAUUUGGGUUAUAACAGGACGGUUUCAAAAAUUAAUGUCCAAUACUCUAAAUUCAGCAGAAACGAAUUUCCGUAUACAGGCUGCCUAUGUUGAAGAUUUGAUUAGCGGAACAAAGUGUACGCCACUAUCUCACGAUAGUCUUUAUCAUGGGCAACAACAUAGAAAUCCAUCAGGAUUGCAAGCCAAUAAUAACCAACAUUAUCAACAUUACUACUGAUGAUAAUUAUUUUUUUUUUGUUCAUCACAUAGUUUUUAAUAUUCACUGAAUGCAGAGUCCAUGGUGGAGGGAAUACAAACAUAAAGUCUUUCCAGAGAGUUUAUCAUCCUCGGGGAUUGUCGGAAAUUUUCGGCUUUUAAUGUUAACGUGUGCCAAUAGCAUAUUAGGCAGAUUUUUAAAAAGUGGGGGUAAAAUGGCCACUUCCUCUCUGGAAAAACUUUAAGGCUCGUAUUCAUAAUCAGAACUUACAGCCUAAGAUCACCUUACUCAUAUUAUUUAGCAUGGGGAAGAUGAUCUUAAGCUGUACUGACUAUGAAUAUCGGCCUAAACACUUUAAUAUUUUUAGGUUAAUUUUUUGAAUAGCUAACUUACAUAGAGGGCCACACAUCCGCUUUAUCGAUAAUAUGUAAAAAUAGUUAAACAUAAAAUCUGUAAGAUAAGAGAGUAUUAUACAGAAUGCUAGGUUAAAUAAAUGUGCACUGUCAGACAAAGAGACUCUUGUCUUUGCUAAUCGUAAGAUUUCUCGUGGGUAACGAGCAUCGCCGGAGCAGUGAAUCGCCAUGUAAA